AUGUCGUCAGUGAAAGCAAUUAAUUUGGUGCUGCCUGAGACUGAGGUGCAUUUGGCUGGCUCCAGCAUAGAUGGCCAACUGGUUUUGAACCUCAGAAGCACCCUGGUGGACCCUGUGGUGAAGGUGGAGCUCGUGGGAAGAGGCUACCUGAGGUGGCUUGAGGAGGAUAAUCCAGAACUGACCUAUGACAAGAGCACAGCUUUCACCAACCAGGCUCUCUACGUCUCCAAAGAAAAGAAUUUCUACAUAGAGGAUGGCUGGCUGGAUUCUGGGGUCCACACCUUUGACUUCUGCUUCAGCUUUCCUCCAAGUAUUCCCUCCACAUUCACCAGCAAGAUUGGCUGCGUCUCCUACUUUGUUCAAGGGACUUGCUGCAGCCACCAAAUUGUCUUAGCUAAAGAGGAGAGAUGUUUACUGUUGCAAGGAACUGCUGGUGACCACAGGAGCCAUGUCAAAGACAUGGCCCCACUGGUGGUGGAAGCUAGGAAGGAUAUAGUAUAUUUCUGCUGCUUCAGUUGUGGCUCUGUGAUCCUUCAGAUUUCCUUGGAGAAAAGAGUAUUUUACCCUGGAGAAACCAUUGUUUUUGUGACAGACAUUGUCAACAGAACAUGCACGUACGUUAGAAAGGUUGUUUUUACUGUAUACUGCAUUGUCCUAUAUAGUGGUUUCAGCAGCAGGGGAGAACGACUCUUCUUGGAAGACCGAAGCGAAGUGACAAAGUUGGUGUCCUGGGCAGACACGGCCCCCUCUGAGAUCAUGAGAGUUACCAGUGCGCUGGUUCUGCCAAAACCCCUGCCUGUCACCAGCACUCUCAUGGAUAAUAAAAUCAUGUCAUUCAGGUACGAGCUGGUAGGCACCUCCGACCUUCCUUGCACCACAUCCACCAUCGUGGGCAGAGUGCCCAUCAUCAUAGCAGCCGCACCGGAGCAAAGCACGAUGACUCUGCAUGAAAAUGAAGGUAACAGCUCAGAGGGAGCCAUCUUUCAUAAAGACAUUUCUGAAAAUGACCGAGGAGCAGUUGCCAGCAGAUCUGUGGCAUAA